AUGACAGAAAAGAAGUUUGAGUGCAGAAUAUGUGACAAAAGAUUUACCAUGGAGAAUCACCUUAAUAGUCACAUGCUUGUCCACAAUACCGAAAAAAGUUUGAGUGGGAAUAUGCAGGAAGAGUCAUCUCACAGCCACAUGCUGGUGCACAGUGAUGGUAAGAAGUUGAAUGUGUACUGUGGAAGAGUUCCACAUGGAAAAUUCAGUGAACAGCCACAUGGUUUUCACAAUGAGGUGAAAAAGUUCGAGUGCCAUCUGUGUGAGAAAAAGUUUAGCCUGGAGAUCCACCUUAACAGUCACAUGAUGGUGCACAACAAUGACAAGAAGUAUGAGUGCCUCUUGUGUCACAAACGUUUCACUAUGGAGAGCCACCUCAACAGCCACAUGCUUUGGGAAAAGAACUUUGAGUGUGAACUGUGUGACAAGAAGUUUGCCAUGGAAAAUCACCUGAAUAGUCACAUGCUGGUACAUAGUGAGGAUAAAAAGUUUGAGUGUCAGUUAUGCGGUAAGCGUUUUAACAUGGAGUGCCACCUCACCAGCCAUAUGCUUGUUCACAGUGACGAGAGGAAGCACGAGUGCCAGAUCUGUGGGAAGAGGUUCAACAUGGAAAGUCACCUGAAUAGUCACAUGCUUGUACACAGUGAAAAGAAAUUUGAGUGUAUUUUGUGUGGGAAAAGGUUCCUCAUGGAGAGCCAUCUUAAUGGCCACAUGCUUGUCCACAAUGAAAAAAAGUUCGAGUGUGGGUUGUGCGGGAAACGAUUCUUGAUGGAGAGUCACAUGAACAGUCACAUGCUCGUCCACAGCACCGACAAGGCCUAUGAAUGUGAAACCUGUGGCAAGAGAUUCAAUUUAGAGGCUCACCUCAACAGCCAUAUGCUUGUGCAUAAUGAAGAAAAGAUUUUGAAUGUAGUUUGUGUGGCAAACGUUUUGGGAUGGAGUGCCACCUUAACAGCCACAUGCUUAUCCACAAUGAAAAGAAGUUUGAGUGUGAAUUAUGUGGAAAAAGAUAUAACAUGGAAAGUCACCUGACAAGUCAUAUGAUGGUGCAUG